AUGGCCAGAUCUGCCCUGGAUGGCUACAACGUUUGUAUCUUUGCCUACGGUCAAACAGGCAGUGGCAAGACCUACACCAUGGAGGGGCCUGAUGAGCUGACGUGUGACACCAAGGGGAUGAUUCCACGCGCAGUCGAUCAGAUCUUCGCCACUGCACGUAGACUCGAGACCAUGGGAUGGCUGUACAAGUUCACGGCCAGCUUUCUGGAGAUCUACAACGAAAACAUCCGUGACCUGUUGGUGACCAAAGCACAGAAGGCUGUCGUGUAUGAGAUCAAGCAACGCAGUAAUAAGAGUGAGGAGCUAUACGUCACCAACUUGAAGUACAUCACUGUCGGCACAGUGGAGGAGGUCAACAAGUUGAUUGCCACUGCCAAAACGAACCGCUCAGUGGCAGCGACAGCCAGCAACCAUCAAUCAUCAAGGAGCCACAGUGUCUUCCAGCUCUACAUAGAAGGGAGUAACUCUGCCAACGGCCUGGUGUGUAGAUCAACCCUGUGCCUGGUGGACCUGGCGGGCAGCGAGCACCUGGAUAAAUCUCACUCGACUGGGGACCGUCUGCGGGAGGCUCAGGCCAUCAACACCAGCCUGUCCUGCCUCGGACUCGUCAUUCUGUCACUGUCCAACAAGGAAGCUCACAUCCCUUACCGCAAUAGUAAGCUGACCCACCUGCUGCAGAACAGCUUGGGAGGAAAUUCAAAGACGUUGAUGUUUGUCAACGUGUCGCCGCUGGAAGAAGACUUCCAUGAAUCCCUCAACACUUUGCGGUUUGCCAGUCAGGUGAACGAGUGUACCAUCGGGACAGCACAAAUGAAUCGUAAACGUGUCCUAUGAGGGGGAGAGGAGCCGUCCUGUGUCCAGCUGGGCUGCUGAUCCAGUCUCGUAUUUAUAUGUCUUUGUAUCUAUCGCUUUAAUC